AUGGACCGAUAUACACUGAGGACAGCACAUGAGAUCAUCAGAGCAGAGAGCAGACAGACGGGCAGAGACAGACGGGCAGAGACAGACGGGCAGAGACAGACGGGCAGAGAGACGGUCUACCUGGACGUCAUGGAUCACCUGUUGAUGCUGAUGCUGUUGCUGUGGAGCUCAGGAGAGAGAUACGAGUCCUCAAAGAGAUCUGUGUGGAGGAUCUACUCUGACUGUGUUCAUUCUGGAUCUACUCUGAGGGAGUGUUCAACAUCGUAUUCAUCUUCCUCCAUCCUGAAUCUCACCUGCUCAGACUCCAGACCUGUCAGGCUGGUGAAUGGGACUAGUCUGUGCUCAGGCAGACUGGAGGUGAAGACUAACCAGUCCAACCAGUCCAACCAGUGGUGGUCCUCAGUGUGUGAAGAUGACAUUGACCAGCAGGAUGCAGAGGUGGUCUGUAGGGAGCUUGGCUGUGGGGCUCCUUCAGUCCUCCAGGGGGCGCUCUAUGGAGAAGUGGAGGCUCCAAUGUGGACCAAAGAGUUCCAGUGUGGAGGCCAUGAGUCUGCUCUCCUGGACUGUAGAAGCUCAGGCUCAGAUAGAAACACCUGCUCACCUGGCAAAGCUGUUGGACUCACCUGCUCAGAACCUGUCAGGUUGGUGGGAGGAGACAGUCGCUGUGCAGGAACACUGGAGGUGAAACAUCAAGGAGACUGGAGACCAGUGCAUGGCUCUGACUGGACCCUGAAGAAAGCAUAUGUUGCCUACUCCAGACCUGUCAGGCUGGUGAAUGGGACUAGUCUGUGCUCAGGUAGACUGGAGGUGAAGACUAACCAGUCCAACCAGUGGUGGUCCUCAGUGUGUGAAGAUGACUUUGACCAGCAGGAUGCAGAGGUGGUCUGUAGGGAGCUUGGCUGUGGGGCUCCUUCAGUCCUCCAGGGGGCGCUCUAUGGAGAAGUGGAGGCUCCAAUGUGGACCAAAGAGUUCCAGUGUGGAGGCCAUGAGUCUGCUCUCCUGGACUGUAGAAGCUCAGGCUCAGAUAGAAACACCUGCUCACCUGGCAAAGCUGUUGGACUCACCUGCUCAGAACCUGUCAGGUUGGUGGGAGGAGACAGUCGCUGUGCAGGAACACUGGAGGUGAAACAUCAAGGAGACUGGAGACCAGUAGAUGGCUCUGACUGGACCCUGAAGAAAGCAUCUGUUGCCUGUAGAGAGCUGGACUGUGGCUCUGCUGUUUCUGUAGGAGAGAGAAAGGAGUCCUCAAAGAGAUCUGUGUGGUGGAUCUACUCUGGCUGUGUUCAGUCUGGAUCUGCUCUGAGGGAGUGUUCAAUAUCGUAUUCAUCUUCCUCCAUCCUGAAUCUCGCCUGCCCAGGUAAGCCCAUCAGUGACAUCAUCUAUGACUGUGCUGUCAUGUAUCUACAGGCCAGCAGGAGGCAGACACCGGGCAGACGGGAGAACAUUGAGCUGGAUGAUUUUAACCUGGGUGUUCCUGCAGAUGAAGAAGAAGGAGCUCAGGGAGCAGAGUAG